AUGGCAGACCCCAUGCUAUACGACUACCCAGACCCCCUCGAGGGCUGGAAAGAUCAAGAACCACUAUCAACGCAACGCAACCCCGACGGAAAAUCCCUCAAAAACACCCAAACUCCCAUUCUGAGUCAAUCCUACACAACCUUCAUCGACCCCCUAGCUCAAGACAGCAGAGGAGCCUUCGACAUCCACAUCUACUACACCGCGACGUCGACGUUUGAAACUUCUUUUGCGCGAUCACUACACGAACGCAUUCGACGAGAAUUUCCCGAAUUGAGAAUUUAUCCCAUGUUUGAUCGACCUGUGGGACCGCAUCCCAAAGCCAUGUUUGAGGUGAAUUUGUUUUCGCCGCAGCAGUUUGGAGCGUUUGUGCCGUGGUUGGUGAUUCAUCGGGGUCCGUUGUCGGCGCUGUUGCAUCCGAAUACAGAUGAUGCAGUGCGGGAUCAUACGCAGAGGGCGACGUGGAUGGGGCAGCAGCUUGCUCUGAAUGUAGAUAGCUUGAUCGAGUUUGAGCGGCGGAGAGCGGCGGCGGAGAAGUCGGCGACGACGACGACGAAUGAUGGUGCUUGA